UGCUAACUGCUGCCCCUUGUCGAGAGAUCCGUUCCCACAAGCACGGGCAGUGAAUAUGAAGGAUAUGAUUCACUGGGGACACACGGACUAUUUGUUUGUUAGCUGGAUCAACAACCACAUUUAAACUCCCUAAAUUUUCCAAAUACUCCAAUACCCCAACAUCACAACAUCUCGAAAUACAAAUAACUCAACAACCAAAUAACAACCUCAUCGAACUGUUGCCAAUAUGCCAGCAGCUACUCAGCAUCAGAGGAAAGUCCUGAAAGACGUGUCCGCGGGCACGGAUUUCACUCUCGAUCCUACAGCAUCUUUCGUAUCCGAGGUCAAUCGCCUGGCGUUGACACUUGGUUGGUUUCCGGGUGACGGAGCGUUCCAUCUGUUGUGGAUGGCCUGUUUCGGCACGCCCCCAUCAUCACGACAAGUCCGGGCAUGCAAGCCAAAUUCUGAGGGCAGUGUCCCUGGAGCUCCCGUCGACAAUGAGUCUACAGAGAAUGAAUCAGAUUCGGACGAGACUGUCAGGGCCGGGGACAAUCGUUCGAAUCGUGUUCCAUCUUUGGCAACUGAAUUCAAGGAACGUGCCGAGUAUUUCGGUUGGAGCAAACGCAGUCAGAGGUAUCGCUCUGAAAGGAUCAUGUUCUUGGUCAACAAAUUCGAAGAAUUCUUCGACCCGGAUGAAAGUAACUUGACGACGUGGCAGAACCUCUGCCAUGAGGUCGGAGUUUCGCCAGUCCCCUCAUCGAUCACCCAGUGCAAGAAGGCUUUGGGUCGCGUUCACGUGAACCUCGUCAAUCUCCUCGAGCACCUCCGUGAUCGAACUGUCGUUCUACGCACCUUCAGUUCAAAUGCAAAGCUGACGGAAUACGUCAGGCAAGACCGAAGCCGGGUGUUCCCCAAGGAGGCCGCGAAAAUGAAUGUAUACAUCAAGGCUCUUCUCGAGCGACUCUUCCCGGCAUGGUAG